CUCUAGAAAGAUAUUUCAUUUCACUCCUAUUUCACCUAUGGCAGGAGGUAGUACUUUACGUAACUCCAACUCUGCUGUUACUGCUAGUCAGCGGCCUGUAGUAGCCUGCGACCUUGAUGAGGUCCUUGGCCAAUACCUGGCCACUUACUCAAAGUGGCACAAUAGAGUUUACGGCACACACUUGAAGGUCUCCGACUUCUUCACGUAUCGUUUCUGGGAAGUUCAGGGAGGUACAGCGAAGGAGGCUAUGGAGAAGUGCUACGUCUUUCACGAGUCUCCUGAGUUCAAGGCCGGCAUUCCUCUCGUUCCCGGUGCUCAGGAGUACAUAAGGAAAAUCGGAAAAUUCGCUGAUGCCCAUAUAGUUACUUCCCGACAAGAUCAAAUUCGACAAGACACUUACGACUGGAUUUUCAAGAACUUUGGUAUCCCCUCCAGCAGGGUCCAUCUAGGUAAUCACUUCGGCCUGUCUGGCAAGCAGAUCUCCAAGGCAGACAUGUGCAAAGAUAUUGGUGCUAGCUUACUGAUCGAUGAUAACCCAACGUAUAUCAAUGACGCUGUUAGUCACGGCUUCGGUGGAAUCCUAUUCGACUACAAUCAUGAGUAAG